AUGUAUCCGUUGCAAAGCAGUGGGAACAUUGUUUGCGUCAUUGAGAGCAUUGAGGACGGAGUGGCAGUUGAAGAAGAAGCUGAUGAAGUACUUGGUGUUGCAAAAGUAGAAGUGGGCAUCGGAGGUGUCAUUGAGAGGAGUGUUGAAUCAGAUCCUACGGAGAUAAGAACACCGGGAAAUUCCACCGGAAGUUUAUAUGCAGAAGUCGAGUUGCGGAAUGGGAUUCGAGGUGUCAAUGACUAUAUAAGAGUUAUCGAUGCAGAUGGGAACUGGGACAUGAUGAAUAAUCGCACUGGAAUCGGAGGAAUCCCUAGAACAUUUCUUAUUUCUCCAGGAGGCGAGAUGAGUAUUCAUGUGGUGACAAAGUUUUUGUUCAUGAACUCAAAGUUUUCGAUUACUGUGAAGUAUUAUCGAGCAAGUUGCAAAAUAAUCCUUGACUCGGAAAUGUUCGAUGGAAACAUUGUUUAUUUACCUGGACCCACUUUGGAGCCACUUCCCGCCAAUUUCUCUUGUACCUAUGAAAUUCCAGCACCAGCAGAUGGUUUAUAUGCAAGAGUCACAAUAAUAAGAGGGUUAGAUAAACCAAAUGAUAAAAUUACAGUCAUUGAUAUUACUGGGGAGGAGAUAAUCAUAAACAGCACCGACGUCUCAGAUUCAAAUCACCCAUAUUGGUAUGUUUUACCGGGAUCCGUGUUAACUAUGAAGGUAACUACUGCUAUAGAUUCUAUGAACUCCUCGUUGUUAAUAUCAGUGGAGUACCUCAAAGCUAACAUAGGUCCGACUAGAAUAAUGAGAGCAGACAGCGAAAUUAACUUUGUCGAUAUGUCAACUUUGCGAGAUGAAAGGUAUGACUUUUGCUCGAUAACUUUUUUGAGCGACGAGAGGAUUGUAUUAAACCGCGCAUUUAAAGGAGACACAGUUCGCGAGAAUCCGGAUCGAUUUGUCAUCGAUGGUACGUUCAGUGAGCAGAAAAAAGUGUACCGUUUGGACACAUUGGAUCACUCGUCUUUUUUUCAAACAAAAUCGAAAGCCAUCACGAUUGUCACAUUUAUUGAUGGAUUUGAAGGUUUUGUUCUGAAUAGAAAGUCGGAAAGCGAUAAGUUUUAUUUUAUGUAUGCAAUUGCCACUGAUCCCAUAUAUCUUUAUCCCUUCGGGAUGCGAGCUAGUACACCUGAUGCUGUUAUGGCCACAGAGGUUGUCCAUUUUGAAGCCAGAGGAAUUUUGGUUCAGAACUUGAAAAUUCACAGUGACGUCUGCAAAGCAUAUAUUAUCGAUGGCGCACCAAAUAACUCAUCAAAAGUGAUCAUGGAUUUUUCGAAGCCGGUGAAAAUGCCUCAGAUUUUGGAUUUACGAUAUUUUUCUAUAAUUGGCGUGGAUUACUGUAAUCAAAUUCCAUCUUCCCAAAUUUUCGAUGGAAACACUGCAUACGUUCCCGCAGGAAAUGGAGAGCUCCAACCGAUCCCAGCAAGGUUCAAUUGCACUUAUACGAUCACUGUGCCAGUUGACUCCACAUCGGGAUUAUAUGCCAAUGUCACAUUGAACAAUGGGAUGAAAGGACCAAACGACUAUAUUAAAAUUGUCGAGCAAGACGGUAACAAGUGGACCAUUAAUAAACAAGCUAUGGACCAAUACAACUAUAUUCUUAUUCCGGGAGCCUCAAUGACAUUUCAAAUAGUCACCAAGAGUGUUUUUAUGAAUUCCAUGUUUUCCAUUGUGGUCGAGUACCAUUCAGUCAAUCUUGGUCCGACUUUGCAGAUGAAAAUCGGCGGGGAAAUGAAUUAUUUUGAUUUGAGUACAGUGAGGAAGCCUGGGGACGUGUUCAGCUCGGCGACGUAUGUAGGUACUGAGUCGAUUUUUCUCAACGUCGGACGAGGUGACAUGGGAGAUGGAAACUGUUUCGAUUGCUUUGUCAUCGAUGGCACCAUGACCAACCAAACAAAAGUUUACCGUAUGCUUAAGGUAGAACUAAACCAAUUCAACACACAAUCCAACGCGAUUACUGUGAUAUCUUUUAAAGACGGCUUCCUACCGCUCGUUUUUAAUACUGUACCGGAGGCGCAUCAGUUCUACUGGCUAUUUGCCUAUGCUACUGAUAACAUUGCUUCGUUUACCGUACAAGCUCGACCAGGAUUCCGCCAGGGCAGUGAAGUUGUGAGCUUCAAGUCGGAAAAGAGCCGAAUGGAUGCAACUAUUGUCAGCGACAACUGCACCGCUUACGUUGUCUCCGGACCACCGAACAACCAAUCGGAAGUGUUGCUUGACUUGGCGACUGCUCCAAUGCCACAUACAUUUGAUGUGAAGUACUACACAAUUAUUGCAGAUGAUUGUGAUAUUAUGUUUACAAUUUUCAGCGCUUGA